AGCACUCGACCUCAAAACUUCCCAAAGGCUGAAGGACAUCAGGAUGCUUACACAUUCAGCGGGCUAUUCCACGACAGAAAUUAUGACUUGGAGUGCGCUGGCGGGAUUUGCUGCCCAUGCCGUCUUUAGGGUUCGCGAGCCCCGCAUCGUACCUCUCCUCGCGGUUCUGUCCACUUCGUUCCUAGGAUUAUUCACAACCUGUCUCCUGGAUACUCGGUCGAUGCUAAGAUCAUUCCUUUUGACAAGUACCGCGCUUGCUUCCUUUGCUACCAGUCUAUAUGCGUCUAUGAUAGGGUAUCGAGUCUUCUUCUCGCCUCUGCAGCAUUUUCCUGGGCCUACUCUAGCGGCUGUCUCUAAGUUCUGGUAUCUCUAUCACUCGACGAAAGGGAGAAUGCCUCAGGUUAUGCGGGAUCUAAACAUACAAUACGGAAACAUUGUUCGAAUCGGUCCCAACGAGCUUACCAUCUUUUCAUUGGACGCGAUGGACGCGAUUCUCAGCUCCAAAGGGAAGAUGACCAAAGGUCCUUGGUUUGACAGUGUCUUCGCCAACAAGGGUGGAAAUUCAGUCCAUGCUCUAAAGGUACCCGGACCUCACUCUCAGCGGAGAAAGUACUGGGACAAGGCAAUGACGAGCGCAGCCAUGAAGGAGUAUCUGGUAUUCAUCAAGGACUGUCACAACCGUCUCCGUGAUCGUAUACACAACGAAUACGCUGAACAACCCGUUCAAGACAUUCGUCGCAUAAUGAACCACCUCGUUUUUGAUAUCAUGGGCGAAGUCGGAUUUGCACAGUCUUUCGGCAUGAUUGAUAAUGGAAAGGAUCAUAGCUACGUUCUCUUUGUCGAAAAAGCGAUGCAUGCCCUUUCCGUCGUUGCCGAGAUACCCUGGGUUAUCCCUAUAUUAGAAUUGUUGCCAAUAGGAAAAGAUCAAGUCGAGAUCGAAGCCCUCUCCAUGGCUGCGACUCUGAAACGCUUCGAACAAGGUCAAUCCCGGCCCGACCUGUUCUCGUACUUUGUACAGGAGGAUGGACAGCUCCACCCGGAUAUGACCAUGAAGGACCUAGAUGCUGAAGUUCGAGCGAUAAUCAUUGCUGGUUCUGACACAUCCUCUUCGAUGCUGACGUUCAUCUUUGACUAUCUCAUUCAAUACCCAGUCUGGGCGAAGCGUCUGCGUGAAGAAGUCGAUACUCACCAUCGUGGCCAUGGUGACUUUGAUCUCGAAGAGAUGCCAAUCCUCCACGCCAUCGUGAACGAAACUCUUCGCCUGCGUCCCCCUGUCCCUGGUCGUUCUCAGCGCAUAGUGCCCGAUGUAGGCGUUACUAUUUGCGGUCAAUAUAUACCCGCCGGCACUCUCGUUGGCAUCCCGCAAGGGCUGAUGAUGCGCGACGAGCGGUAUUUCUCACCAUCACCCGAGAUGUGGAGACCCGAAAGAUGGCUCAAACCUGACGAAGAAGAGAUCUUCAACCGUGCCGCCUUUAUCCCGUUCUCUUUCGGACCCUUCAACUGCUCGGGGAAGAAUUUAGGACUGCUGAUGGUGCGAUACUCUUUGGCCCGGCUUAUGCUGGAGUUUGAGAUUACGGGUUCCCCUCAGCAUGAUCCCGUUGAGUUCGAUAAGUCGAUUAAGGAGUUCUUUACUUUACAGAAGGGGCCUGUCUGGGUGGUGAUGAAGCCGAGGGAGACUUGAACCGGGAAUAAUGUGGACUUUAGCCUCUAUAUCAGAACAAUGCGAUGAUACACUUCCAGAAA